AAAGACAAUUUUAUUGUGUGUUAGUGAGUGUUAUACAUUUUUGAUGAGAGAUAACUAAAUUAAAAUGGACUUCGUGAUCGGCGGGCUGGCGGGGGCUGGGGCGACUAUCUUUACCAACCCCAUGGACGUGGUGAAAACCAGAUUCCAGCUUCAGGGCGAGCUGCGGGCGAGGCACGAGCACACUGCGCGGUACCGCGGUAUACUGCACGCUUUGUAUGUUAUUGGGAAGAACGAUGGUAUACUCGCAUUGCAGAAGGGCCUUGCGCCUGCAAUGCUGCUUGGAUUCACUAUGAAUUCUGUUAGAUUAGGUAUGUACCACAUAGCGGAAGUACAGGGUUGGACCAAGUGUAAGGACGGCGAGAUCAGUAUUAACAAGACCAUGUUCUGGUCCAGCGCGAGCGGCGUGCUGAGUGGUCUCGCUGCAAACCCUGUCUCAGUUGUCAAGACCAGAAUCCAAGCUGCUGCGCACCCCAGCAUCGCUGUAGGACGACAAUACCGGUACAAGGGGAUGUUUGAUGGUUUCAUCACGAUAUACAAGAGCGAGGGUAUGGCAGGUUUCUUCGCCGGUGUCAACGCGACCUGCACGAGGCUGGCAGUCGGUAGUGCAGCACAACUCACCACAUUUUCCACCGCCAAAGAAGUUUUGCAAUCGUAUAAUAUAUUCGAGCGGUCGUCACUCGGGCUGGCGUUUUCCGCAAGUGCUCUCAGCGGCGUCAUGGUGGCCGUGGCUAUUUGCCCCUUUGACGUGACAGCUGUUCGUCUGUACAACCAGGGUCCGGCAUCAACAGGUGAGCGGCUCUACAACGGUGUGUUCGAUUGCCUCAAGAAGAUUUACACUAAAGAAGGCUUGCAUGGACUCUACAAAGGCCUAGGACCACUUUACUUAAGGAUAGCACCACAUACAACACUAUCGCUGGUCAUAUGGGAUAUGUUGAAUAAUUUAUUUGAUAAAAAUAAACACAGUUGACAGUA